AUGUCUAGAAUAUUAAUUUUCUAUUUUUUAGCUUAUGAUGAUAUAAAUGGUGAUGCUGAUCUUAUGGCUGAUCCAUUACUUGACCCUAAUAUGCGUACACUUAGCCUUGAAGAUAUAAAACUUAUAAAUGAACGUGAUAAUCCAUCAGUAGCAGACUAUGUUGUAUUAGCACUCACACCAGACACACAUGAAAAAGAUACAGAUAAAAGAUUAAUUUGUGUUACAAUAAUCGAACGACUAGGUGGUAUGAAAUGUAUAUGUGAUAUUAUAUUUCUUUACCGUUCAAAAGGGCCACCACAAUUUUAUACAUCUACUGGUGAUAUAAAUGGUUUGCAAAUGUGUGUUAAAGAAGGUUUUAUACCAUUACUUCGUGUUCCACCACCCGUACUACAAACACAAUCAAAUCUUUAUCCACAUUCACUGAGUCAUCAUGCAUAUCAAACAUCUCCAUAA